UCCACUUUUCAAAAGUGGAAGUCACUCGGACCAACGAUGACUUGGCUACCGGCUGAUAACUCAGCUAUUUGCAACAGCGAUCCAUCGAAUUAUUCUUGUCAGUCGGCUUUUCUUACUUUCUUGCAAUUCUUGGUUCACUACACCAGCAAAUCGUCAACCCCAAAAGUCGACAAUAUAUCGGAAGAAACGAACGAGUACGAUUUUAUCAUCGUCGGUGCUGGAUCUGCGGGAUGUGUCUUGUCCAAUCGAUUGACUGAGAUAAAAAAAUGGACGGUACUGCUGUUAGAAGCAGGGGAUGAACAGCCCUUGAUUACAGAGAUACCAGGAAUGAUACCUCUGCUGUUCGGAAGUAGCAUAGACUAUGGAUAUCAAACGCAGCCCGAGCCAGUGGCUUGCAGAAGCUCGAAAAAUAACUCAUGCUACUGGCCGCGUGGAAAAGUCAUGGGCGGUUCUAGCUCAAUAAAUUUCAUGUGGUACAUUCGAGGUAAUAAGCAAGAUUUCAACGACUGGGAAGAUCUUGGCAACCCAGGUUGGGGCUACGAUGACGUUUUGCCGUACUUCAAAAAAUCCGAGGCCCUGCGUGACCCAUCCAUCGCCACCGACACGCAAGAAAGCCACGGAUUCAGCGGAUACCUCUCCGUCGACUAUUUUCCCUACCACGACGUGAACAACGACAUCAUGAUCGAAGCCUGGAAAGAACUUGGUCUCCAAGAGGUGGAUUACAACUCGGAAACCCAAAUCGGCGUAUCGAGGAUGCAAUCGUCGAGUAUAGACGGAAUGCGUCAGAGCACGAAUCAAGCUUUCAUAGACCCAAUUCGAGGCAGGAGACGCAACCUCACCAUCAAAACCAAAUCCCACGUCACGAGAAUCAUCAUCGAUCCGAAGACGAAACGAGCCAAGGGUGUGGAAUAUCUGAACGCGGAAGGAACCAAAAAGCAGGUGUUCGCCAGGAAGGAGGUGAUCCUCUCCGCCGGAGCCAUCGACUCGCCCAAGCUUCUGAUGCUGUCAGGAAUAGGUCCUGCCGAGGAGCUUCGCGAAGCUGGUAUUAAUCUCAUAAAGGACUUGCCAGUGGGGCACAACCUUCACGACCACGUGACAAUGGCACCAGUGGUGACGAUUCAUCUGAACGAGACGGCCACCGUCAAAAGCCCCAUGCAGAUGCAGUCCGAUGUCAGCCAGUGGCUUAGGACCCAUGACGGACCCCUAUCCAGCGUCGGUGCGGUUGACUGGGUUGCCUACUUCCAGACACCUCUGGAGACCCGCGAAGGCGUACCGGACAUCGAGGUGGGCUCUUUGUUCUACGUAAACGACGAGUGCAAGAGCUCCGAGGACUGCAACUACUACCCGUACCCGUACUACGAUACCUUGACCAUCUACGCCGCCCUCACGGCCCCGAAGAGCAGAGGCGUUCUGAAGUUGAACAAAGCCGAUCCUCUGUGGGGUAAGCCUCUGAUCUACGUCAACUAUCUGACACACCCCGAGGACGUGAAGGUCAUGGUUGCAGGAGCCCAUAUCGUCAGUAAGCUCGCGAACACGAAAGUCCUGAAAGAGAAAAACCUAGUCAGGUCGACGAAACCUGUAUCAGGUUGCGAGAACCUGGACAUCAACAGCUCGGAGUAUUUCGAGUGCGUCGCCAAGACCAACACGAUGACGUCGUACCAUCCAGUGGGCACCUGCAAGAUGGGACCGAAGAGCGAUUGCGAAGCGGUUGUCGACCCGAGACUCCGAGUCUACGGCAUCGAAGGCUUGCGAGUGAUAGACGCGUCAAUUAUGCCACUGAUUACCAAGGGAACGACCAAUGCGCCGACAAUUAUGAUUGCCGAGAAAGGAAGCGAUAUGAUAAAGGAGGACUGGCUGUAGGCGAUGUAUUUCGUAACGCGAUGCUUCAUGACAUGUAUUAUUUCUUUCUUAUAACGGCUACCGCGUUUUUAUCUCGUAUUACUUUCUGCUUUCCACUGGAUUUCGCCGGUUUGCUCAGUAUAUGUUGACUUUAUCGUAAUCUUCCGAUACCUUUUGUUGAAUCAGGUUUCGGAAGCUCGCAUAGCGCGGAGAAACUUCCUCUAAUUGUCUCAUCACAAUGCCAGUGUGUAA